UUUUAAACAUAGGGAGGAAGUAUUUAUUGUUCCCCAGCCGAGGAGAGGAGAGCGGGGCAGCCUGAGGGAUUCUUCUGGGGAAGCAGUGCUGUGUCCUUUCCACCAUGGCACCGAAGAAAGCCAAGAAGAGAGCAGAAGGCGCCAAUUCCAACGUGUUCUCUAUGUUUGAACAGACCCAGAUCCAGGAAUUUAAGGAGGCCUUCACCAUCAUGGACCAGAACAGGGAUGGCUUCAUCGACAAGAAUGAUUUGAGGGACACCUUUGCUGCUCUUGGGCGUGUGAAUGUGAAAAAUGAGGAAAUUGACGAAAUGCUCAAGGAAGCUCCAGGUCCAAUUAACUUUACUGUGUUCCUACAGAUGUUUGGGGAGAAACUUAAGGGGGCAGACCCAGAGGAAACCAUUCUCAACGCAUUCAAAGUGUUUGACCCCGAAGGCAAAGGAGUGCUCAAGGCUGAUUAUGUUCGGGACAUGCUGACCACGCAAGCGGAGAGAUUCUCCAAAGAGGAGAUUGAGCAGAUGUUCGCCGCCUUCCCCCCUGAUGUGACUGGCCACUUGGACUAUAAGAACCUGGUGCACAUCAUCACGCACGGGGAAGAAAAGGACUAGAGGGGCUCACCACCCAACCCUGGGCUUGUCUUUGGUGGGGAGGUGGUCUCUGCCCUCCUCUCACUUUGCCCGGUAAUGCUGCCAUCCCUCCUACUGGCCUGUUAAGCUGUGUGGCUGCCUCAUUACCCACCUUUAUCUUCUUUGCAGCCUCAGUGGCAUAUAGAUACCUUGUGGCCACACAUCCUGCAGAUGGAAAUCCAUCUAGAAGCUGUGUUGAAAUAAACAGGACGUUGUAUAUUUG